AUGGAAGGAAAAAAUAAUCUUAUUUACAGCCCGCUUUCCACAUUUCUGCCCGGCGGGAGUGUGAAGGAAAAGAGUGAUCACAAUGACGACCCAGACUUCUCGUCGACGAUUUCAACGACGAAGAGAAACAAAGUCUGUAUACGUUGUGAUCCAAAAAUACGAAUCGGAUUAAUGUUUCCUAUAAUAUUCGCUUUUAUUUAUUUGCUGCACCUUCUUUACCUCGAAUAUCUAACGAAUGACGUGGAAGGGAACAGGAGCGAUGGCGAUGAAAUAAAGAUUGAAAUUACAAUAGUGGACAUUCUUCCGGAACGACCUUACGAAGGGUAUGUUCUGGACAUGGGUCGCAUAAAUGAGCAUUGUGAACCAACGGAUUACAAAAAAUCAGCGCUCAAGCGUUUUCCGGUGCAGAGUUGCCUGGAUUAUUUGGACACUCGGCAAUACGAUUACAUGGUGAACCCUCCAAUAAAUUCGACCACCUCUGCUGCCACCGACAAUGUCACCACCACCAACACUUCUUCCUCCAUAUUGACAUCAAAUUUACAAUGCGCACCCGGGAGAGAACCAAUGCUAUUUCACGUUUAUUGGCGAGGAAAGUUUACCGACAAGAUAGCGUUAAACAUCAAAUCAUUUCUAUACACGCAACCGCUUAGGUGUUCCAAGAUGCUCGUUUGGCUAGAGAAAAACGACGAGGACUUGAGAGCCAAUAAGCACGCCAAGUCAUUACUCCGGUUUUCCCCCACCAACAUUGAAUUCCGAAAAUGGGAUAUCACCGAACAAUUGAAUUAUGAUAGCAUUUACUCUGGGUGGGAGAGGAAGUUGAAGUCGAAGACCAAGGUGGUCAGCUAUAGCGACACUGUCCGUUUCGUUCUACUGCACAGAUACGGCGGGAUAUAUGUGGACGCGGACACAAUAUUUUUGAGAGACAUGAGUCCACUUUACUAUUUGGAUUAUGAAUUCUCUUAUCGUUGGAGUUUCAAGUUUGAUUACAACACGGCCGUCCUGAGAAUACGACCAAACAGCACCACCUCAAGGAAGAUCAUAAACGGGGCAAUGAAAAAUUCCAUGAAAUUCCACCCGUUUGCGAUAAAGAAAUAUUUAUUUGCCGACGAGAAAGAUCAAACCAAGGAAGUGUUGGACAAACAACUUUACAUGAUGCCCGUUGCCUUAUUUGAUCCUUUGUGGUUGAAGUCCGAUUUGCACGUCAAAUCGCAAAAAUUAAAGCCUAACCUGGCGCGUUGGAAUGAUGUGUUUUCGGCGGGACUGCUGAAUAAUGAGUUCCCGGGGGCAAAUAAGGAAUUGUUGGCCAAGGCGGCAAAUGACACGACGUUAUUAAGAAAGAAUGAUGAAUUCUUCAGAGGUGCAUUCACCUAUCAUUGGCACAACCUGUGGAAGCAAAGAAUUGCUAAUGGUUCUUGGUUUGAUGUGUUGCAGAAGGGCUACGACGAUUUCAUAGAGGGAAAGAUUCGUAAUCCCUACAAUGAAUCGAUAACCGAUUAUACAUAG